CUUGCUCAUAGGAAGAUGCGAACUGUUACCAACUACUUCUUACUUAACCUGGCGGUGGCUGACGCAGCCAUGGCCGCUUUUAACACCGCCUUCAACUUCAUCUACGCCGUUCACAAUGACUGGUACUUCGGUCUACAUUACUGCCGCUUCCAAAACCUCCUGCCCAUCACUGCCGUGUUCGCCAGCAUCUACUCAAUGACAGCAAUUGCCCUGGACAGGUACAUUGCCAUCAUCCACCCUUUGAAGCCCAGGCUGUCCUCCAGCUCGACUAAGAUAGUGAUUGGCGUUAUCUGGCUGCUGGCCCUGGCUCUAGCAUUCCCACAGUGCUUCUAUGCCCGUAUUGUGCAAUCGGAGAGCAGAGUGAUCUGUAACGUGGACUGGCCUGGGGAUGUCGGAGGACAACAUCAACUGACGUACCAACUUGUGGUGAUUGUACUGACUUACCUAAUGCCUUUGAUGGUGAUGGGAGUCACAUAUAUGAAGGUGGGAAUCACACUGUGGGCCAGUGAAAUACCCGGAGACUCAACACAAAGAUAUCGUGAGCAUCUGAACGCAAAAAGAAAGAUUGUGAAAAUGAUGAUCAUGGUCGUUCUCACCUUUGCCAUUUGCUGGCUACCCUACCAUUUGUAUUUUAUCCUCGCAAGUUUCAAGAAGGACAUCUAUUAUGAAACCUACAUACAGCAGGUCUACCUGGGAUUAUUCUGGCUUGCCAUGAGCUCCACCAUGUACAACCCCAUUAUCUACUGUUGCCUAAAUAAUCGAUUUCGCAUUGGAUUUAAGAGAGCUUUCCGUUGCUGUCCUUUUGUACAUAUUAGUAGAUAUGAUGAACAAGAGUUAACAACAGCAGCAAGUUUCCGAACAACCCGUAGCAGCACUCAUACCACAAAUAGAAUGGAGACAAUGGUGAAUAGUCGCAUCAAUUCCAAUUAUGAUGAAACCGAAGAGAUAAAGGGAGAAUUUGUCAGCUCUCAAACCAUUCUUUGAAAUGCAUCUCAUCCUGUAUAGGAUUGCUAUUCCUUCAGAGACAAGGAGCAAUAUUGUGAGACACAGUUCCCACAUGGACCCACACUUGUUUGAGUCAAGGAGAACCAAACAUUGAGCCCAAGUUCCGAAUUCACAAAUCCUGGUUCCCAAUUCUUUGAUCCAGACUCCUGAUUCUGUGAUUCUGGUUCCUGAAUCUUCCAUUCUAGCUCCUAAUUCUCCGAUUCCAGUUCCUUUUCUCCAGUCCUGGCUCCUGAUUCUCCAAAACUGGAUCCCAAUUUUUCGAUCAUGUCCUUCAAUUCUCUAAUCCAGUAAUUUGGGCUCUCCACACUGCUGACCAUAUUGAACAUUGUGCUAGAACUGGGCAGCUGAAUGUGUAGGGAAUUCACAGAGCCCCUUGCAUUGUAACCUUCAUUCGAGUGUCUACAUUUUGAGGCUUUAACCUUACAUUCUGUACAUUCCUGAAGAUGUGUAAAUACAGAAUAGAGAAAGAAAACAAAGACUUGCAUUUACAUGGUAACUUACAUGACCUUAGAAUGUCUGAAAGUGCUUUAUUGCAAUUGAGGUAAUUUUGAGGUGUAGGCAUCAUUCUGGCUAUAUGCUUGUAAUAAGAGUCUGUGCUUGAAGCAGUUUGAAUUGUCUGUCUAUUGGAAAUGUGAUUUAUAAUUAAAAUCUAUGUGCUAGUUUAUUAUAGAAAAGUAACUGUUGAAAUGUAAGGUGAAUCAUAUUUAAA